AUGGGAGAAGUUAGAGGAGUUGGUCGAAGUAAGAGGAAAAGCAAUGGCAAUCAAAUUAUAGAAUGUCCAAUUAUAGAAUAUCUCAAAGAUCCUUCGAUGAACACAGAUAAAAAAACUAAGUAUAGAGCGUUGUCUUACAUUUUGAUGGGAAACAAAUUAUUCAAGAAAACUCCUGAAGGCAUCUUGUUGAAAUGUUUGGGAAAAAAUGAGGCAUAUUUAGCGUUAUCUAAUGUUCAUAGUGGAACAUGUGGGGUACAUCAAGCAGGCCAUAAAAUGAAAUGGUUGCUUUUUAGAUACGGGAUGUAUUGGCUUACCAUGCUAAAAGAUUAUAUAGAGUUCGCUAAAGGUUGUCAAGAAUGUCAAAUACAUGCAGGAAUCCAACAUGCUCCUGCAAGUGAGCUUCAUGCAAUUAUCAAACCCUGGCCAUUUAGGGGUUGGGCUUUAGAUUUAAUUGGUGAGAUUCGACCUACUUCAUCUAAAGGUCAAAGGUACAUUCUGGUGGGAAUUGACUAUUUUACUAAAUGGGUCGAAGCAGUGCCUUUGGUAAAUGUAGACCAAGAAACGGUCAUAGACUUCAUUCAAAGAAAAAUACUAUAUAGGUUUGGAAUCCAAGAAACUAUAACAACAAAUCAAGGAUUAGUUUUUACUGGUCGAAAGAUGCAAGAAUUAUCAGAAGAAAUGGGAUUCAAGUUGUUAACAUCCACACCCUAUUAUGCUCAAGCAAAUGGACAAGUCGUAGAAGCAAACAAAGUAAGUAUUGUCUUACUUGUCGAAAUCUACUUGCAAUCGGUACGGAUCCAAAAGCAAGUUGAAAUCCCAAAUAACCUAUAUUUGGAGAUGAUGAUGAUUGAGUUGACAGAAUUAGACGAAGAGAGGUUGCUUGUGUUAGAAGUCUUGAGGAGGCAGAAGGAGAGAGUAGCAAGGGCAUAUAACAAAAGGGUCAAAGGUAAAACUUUCGUUAUAAACAAUUUACUUUGGAAAGCUAUAUUACCUAUGGAUAAAAAGAAUAAGGCUUUGGGAAAAUGGUCUCCACAUUGGGAAGGACCUUUUCGAAUUCUGAAAGCAUUUUCAAAUAAUGCUUAUGAGGUAGAAGAACUAGAAGAGGAUCGAAGGAUCCUAAAAGUAAAUGGGAAAUAUUUAAAAAAGUAUAAACCAUUUAUGCACGGGGUUAAGAUCACAACAACGUAG